AUGGACGGCAUUUCGCCCCCGCUCGACCUCUCGACCGCCUUCGACGCCUCCAGUGUGCGCGGUGCCGGUGUCUUCAUCACCGGCGGUGCUUCGGGCCUGGGAGCAGCACUCGUGCGAGCCUUUGGGAAAGCCGGCGCCUACGUGACGUUCGGGGACGUGCAGGUCGACGCAGGCCAGCUGCUGGAACGGGAGAUGACUUCUCAGGGAUUGAGGGCCCGGUUCGUCCACUGCGACGUGACGUCCUUCCCAUCCCAAAGCGCGGCAUUCAGAGCCGCGCUCGACUUCCAUCCCGCGCACCAGCUCAACAUCGUGGUGCCGAACGCGGGCGUCGCUACCGGCCACGAACAGCUGCUCUCGGUCUUCCGGCCUGAGCGGUUCCCGCCGGCCUCGCUAGACACGGAUGCUCUGCCUCCCCCGUGCCCGGACCUGGCUUCUCUGCAAGUCAACCUGAUCGGCGUCAUCUACUCGGUCAGCCUGGCCAUGCAUUACUUCCGGCUGCCGGAGAUGCAGACGCAGACGCAGACACAGAUGCAGAUGCCGAUACCGACCCAGGCGCCCUCCCGCACCAGCACCAACAAAGCCAUCACCUUCGUGUCGUCCAUGGCCGGCUACACCGCCCUCCCCGGCGGCACGCUGUACAUGACGGCCAAGUUCGGCGUCCGAGGCCUGUUCCACUCGAUGCGGAAGUAUGUUGGUGCAGAGGGGGUGCGGGUCAACUUGCUGGCCCCGGGGUACAUGGAAACCGCCAUGACCGCCAACGUGCUCACCGCGCUCCAAGGGUCAGGGGUUCAACUGGCCAAACUCAGCGACGCCGUUGAUGCCGUGCUGCGCCUCUCGAUCGACCCCUCGGUCAACGGGAGGGCCAUCUGUGUGGGGGCGUCGGGAAAUCGUGAUUUGUGUGAUGAUCCGGAGGGUAUAGGCGCCUCGUUGGAGGCGGACUCGGUGAACUAUGACCAUAGGCUGUUCCGACUUGAAUAA